AAAAAGGUCCGGGAGAAGUGUCAGCGGCCGGGAGUGGGACCCUGCCGCGCAUUCUUUCCCUGCCAGCUACUGUUCCCGCGGCUGGGCGGGCUAGGGCUGGGGAAAUGUUGCAGGAGGAGUCGGACCUGUCUCUCGUCAUUGCCCAGAUAGUCCAGAAACUCAAGGGCUCCAAUUUGUACGCUCAGCUGGAACGGCAGGCCUGGGCCUGCCUCCAGAGACCUGAGAUCAGACUUGAGUCACUCAAAGAAGAUAUUAAGGAAUUCUUUAAAGUAUCAGGUUGGGAGAAGAAACUUCAGAAUGCUGUUUAUAGUGAACUGAAUGUGUAUCCAUUGCCCAGUCAUCCUUCUGCACCUCCCGAGCAUCUCAAAGAGCCUUUGGUCUACAUGAGGAAAGCACAGGGAAGUUGGGAAAAAAGAAUCUUGAAGAGUUUAAAUAGUAUGUGCACUGAGCUCAGUAUCCCAUUGGCACGAAAGAGACCAGUUGGAGAACAGAAAGAACUUCUGAAUAAAUGGAAUGAAAUGGGGACUGAUGAGCCAGAUUUAAGCCUUUUUCGGCCUGUUUAUGCUCCUAAGGACUUUCUUGAGGUAUUAAUUAAUCUCCGCAACCCAAAUUAUGAAAAUGGUGAUUCUCUUAGUUUUAGGACUCAUUUGGGUUUAAUCCAAGUUCCUCUGAAAGUAAAAGACAUCCCUGAAUUGAAAGAAUGCUUUGUAGAACUUGGCUUAACUACAGGACAACUGGGUAUAGAUGAUUCUACACAAGUGCCUCCUGAACUUUUUGAAAAUGAACAUGUACGUAUUGGGCAAAAAGUUCUGGUGCAGCAGGAUAGCGCCGCCGCCCAGCAGUACAUACGACAAGGGAGUCCCACGGCACUGAGAGCUGAGCUCUGGGCGCUCAUUUUGAAUAUCUCCAGUCAGCCUGAGGACAUCCUAUAUUAUGAGCAACUUAAGACCAAUGUGAUACAGCAUGACCUUUUGGUGGACAGUCUAAUUUAUAAAGAUGUGAAACUGACAGCAAGCAAUGAUGAUUACUAUUUUGUAUUUGAAGAUUAUUUAUAUCAGGUAUUACUUUGUUUUUCACGGGAUACGUCUGUACUGAGUCAUUUUGCAUACAACAGCGCUUCACCACCGAAAUCAUACAUCAGAGGAAAGCUAGGAUUGGAAGAAUACGCUGUCUUUUAUCCACCAAAUGGUGUAAUCCCCUUCCAUGGAUUUUCCAUGUAUGUCGCACCGCUGUGUUUUCUGUAUCAUGAACCCUACAAAUUGUACCAGAUAUUCCGUGAGAUGUACGUCCGCUUUUUCUUCAGACUCCACUCCAUCUCCUCUCAUCCUUCUGGUAUUGUGUCGCUCUGUCUGCUGUUUGAAACUCUUCUUCAAACCUAUCUUCCCCAACUCUUUUACCACCUGAGAGAAAUCGGAGCUCAGCCACUUCGUAUAUCAUUUAAGUGGAUGGUUCGUGCUUUUUCUGGAUACUUAGCUACAGAUCAACUCUUGCUUUUGUGGGAUAGAAUCCUAGGAUACAACUCUCUGGAAAUUCUUGCUGUGCUGGCAGCUGCCGUGUUUGCUUUCCGAGCAGUGAACCUGAUGGAGGUGACAUCACUGGCUGCAGCUGAAGCAGUUCUGGCUGACCUUUCUACUUUAAAAGUUAUGCCUCUUCUUCAAAUUUUUCUGUUUGCCACUGUCACCUGAUCAUCGAGGUCACUGACAGCACAUCUAGUUUUUCAUUAGAAACUAAUCAUGAACUAUGCAAACUCUGCAUACAACCAAAAUUAAACGUUGCAUAUAAGCCAAUAAAGAUCAUGUUCCCUCCUCAGUUAAAGCUAAGAAGUUUUUCACCUUUUGAAACAAUAACCCUACACACCAAAUACUACGCUUGCAUGCUGAUGACUGUCAACAGAGAAGCAAUAGACAUCUCUUCUACUGAACCAAGCAUCCUACAUGCACAGAUUCCUUACUUGUAAUGGGCACGUACCAUAUAUGCAAUAAGAACUAAAGGCACUAUAAUAAACGUCAAGAGGUAGCACAGCUUCUUGUUGAUUUGUAAACUUCUCCCUAGAUAUAGUUCUAUUUAUCAAUUGUUCCCCACUAAAGCCAAUGAUGGUAUAGGACAUGAAAAGGCUUGAAAACAAUCAUGCAUUUGAGUGGGAAUUCAAUUGUGCUUUGGUACUUUUAAUUAGCUUUUAAUUUAUGAUGGAUUUUCAGAUCCUUCCACUUUAUUUCUCCAUUAAACAUCUCCAUUUGAAAAUUUAUACAGAUAUCUCCAUCCCAUACUUUUUGGGACAGUUUUAUAUAGCCCAGGCUGUCCUCAAACUCACUGUGCUGCAGAGGAUGACCGAAUUCCACAUCCUCCUGCCUCCAUCUGCCAAGUGCUGGGAUUGCGGGUGUUUUGCACCACUGCCUCCAUCUUCUAAUAUCUUACUCUUCACGCUGGAAGUCAGAAAUGUAUAGAGGGCUCCCUUUGCACUCCCUAACCUUACGUCUUUCACAUAGAAGCCUGGACACUGCUGAGGCAUGGUGCCAGAGUCUGUUUCCUUGGUAAGAAUCUAAGAAGGAAGGAUGAAAAUCACAUUGGCUAUGCUGAAGCUCAGUCCUUCCAGAUUGACUUCUGGAGCAGAACAGCUCAGAGACACCACAAGUGUUCGUUCAUUCUAGAACUGAAGCCAGUAUUUAAAGGAUUGGGUCUUACUUAGUGUUCAUUAUGAUCAAAAGUUUUGUUUUAUAUUUCUUUAAAGAUAUGCCAUUUCAGUAUAUGGAAUAAUAGGAUGUGAUAAAAUAUUGUCUUCUAAUUUUAGAUGAAAAUUGAAGAUGCUGAUCACUUUAAUAAAACUCAAAUAAACCAAUAGAUUGAUACUCUCCUUAUAUGAAAUUUUAUAAAAUCUCAUCAAAUGUAUCUUAGGAAUCUGUUAUUUUCACAGUAUAUCUUAUUAAAUUCAACAUAGUAAUUCAAGUGUGGUGAAAUUAAAUUAGAUAUGAAGAAUUUACUGAAAAAUCUAAAUUCUCUUAUUCAUCAGUGCUUCCUGACUUACUGAAGACUAAACAAUUUGUUCUGUGAUUGAUUCUUAAGAAACCCACAUGUCAUUGUGUUUGAAAGUGGCGCAUUCCUGUCAUGUGCCUGCUGCUGUGCAUGCCCAGACGCACCUCUAUGGAGGGACAAACAUGACUCCAGGCCUCGUGCCCCGCCCUUUGUCACAUUGGCAAAAAUAUUAGGAAGAAGUUGCGUUUUAAAUGAUUAGUAGAUGUUUGUUUACAGCCAUGCCCAUCUUUAAACUUUUUAAAGAUAAUAUGAACUCACUAGUUAGAGACAUUGCAGUUGUCUGAGACACUAGAUUAGGAACCUUUGCUUGUACUAUAUGUUCCUAAAUAAUUAGAUCUCUGUUAUUGGCAAUUGAGAGGGAGACCAGACAGAUGAUAAAAAAUAUUGUUCCUGCUGUGUUUGCCUUACAAAAUUGUAAAGGACCCAUGAGAAAAUAUACCUGAAAGUGAUUUUUAAUGUAAAACAUCGAUUCCAUAUGUGUUAAUUUUUAUGUGACAGUUUGAUGUCAACAGCUGGAAGGUAACAUAUGAAGAAUGCCCGCUUCAUU